AUGGCUGUUUAUGAACAAACUGGAACCGAUACAUCGAAGAAAAGGAAAGCAAGGGCUCGAGCAGACGGUAGUACAGUUGCUGAUAGGUUAAAGAAGUGGAAAGAGUAUAACGAAUUUGUUGAUGCUUCAUCCAAUAUAGAAGGUGAGAAACCGAAACGGAAAGUUCCUGCAAAAGGGUCGAAGAAAGGUUGUAUGAAAGGUAAAGGAGGACCGGAGAAUUCUGAAUGUAGUUUCAGAGGAGUUAGACAAAGGAUUUGGGGUAAAUGGGUCGCAGAGAUUCGGGAACCGAAUAGAGGAAGUAGGCUUUGGCUUGGUACUUUUCCUACAGCUGAAGAAGCUGCAGCUGCUUAUGAUGAAGCUGCUAAGGCUAUGUAUGGUCCGUUGGCUCGUCUUAACUUCCCUCAGUCUGUCGAGUCUGAGGUUACUAGUACUUCGAGUCAGUCUGAGGUGUGUACGGUUGAGGAUAAGACGGUUCUUCGAGGUGAGGUCUGUGUGAAGCAGGAGGAUGCAGAUUGUGAAUCAAGGCCGUUUAGUCAGAUGGUUGAUAUUAUUAAGGAAGAGUCUGGUGAAACAAGACCGGCCAAUGGCGCGGGUGUACGUCAACAUGUGAAUAAAUACAAUUGGCUGACUGAGUUUGAGGAGCAGUAUUGGAGCGGAGAGCAACCGCAGCCGCAGAUGGAUUUGCUUACUGUUGCGGAUUAUGGUUGGCCUAAUGAUUUGGAAAAUGAGACGAGUUUUUGGGAUCCUAAUGAGUUCUUUGAUGUUGAUGAACUCCUUGGAGAUAUGAAUGACGCCAUUUUACCUUGUCCCAGUCCAAACCAAGACCAAAACCGGAUAGAAGACCCUAGUGGUGGUGAUAUGCAUCCGCUUCAGCUCGAGCCACUCGAUGGCCACGAGUUCUUUGACUUGAGUUCUCUGGAGAUUUGA